AUGAAAAAUUAUUAUCAACAUAUAGUUACAUUUUUUAUUGAAGAAUCUGUAGAAAAAAAUUCUAAUACUAUUAAAGAAUUAAAAGAGAUAUUUCAAAACAAAGUCAAAGUUUUUAUAUAG